AUGGUUCGAACCAGAAAUGCGGAUAAAUCCGUGAUGGACGAGGCGAGCCAAGAACCGCCCAUUGAGCAACCAACCGAGAACACGAGCGAAUCACCUGUCGCAUCUUCCGAAAAGAAAGCCGAAACUCAACCAGAUGUCACAAAGGAUGACGGUGCAUCCAAAGCGCGUGAGAGGAUGAACAGGUUCAAAGCCUUGCAGGCUCGAGCUAAAUCCGCAACGGAGCGCAACUUAAAAGAGACUGCAGCCGAGUCCCAACGUCUGACUACCGACCCAGCCCUGCUGAAUACGUUGUCCCGCAAGCAUGCAUUUGCCUCCCACAACCUCCUCAAAGCGGACACGGAAGCCGCAGGAGAAGAUUUUGAACGCAAGCGGGCAUGGGACUGGACGGUGGAUGAAUCGGAAAAGUGGGAUAGGCGCAUGGAGAAGAAGCAGCGUCACCGAGAUGACGUGGCUUUCCAGGACUACACUCAAGAUGCCCGGAAGAUUUACAAGAGACAGUUGAGAGAGAUGGCGCCGAAUUUGGAGUCCUACGAGAAAGAGAAGCUUGCUGCGAUCGAGAGAGCCGCGGCCAACGGCGAUCUAGAGAUUGUGGAGACCGAGGACGGUGAAAUGAUUGCAAUCGAUAAGAACGGUAGCUUCUAUUCCACUGCGGACUCGACUGGCUUUACGGAGAGCAAACCAGAUCGGGCUGCUGUUGACAGACUGGUCAAUGAUAUCCAGAAGGCAGAGGAGGUGCGCCUGAAGAAACGCAAGGAGCGCCGUGGUGGUGAUGAUGACGCGGAUGUGACAUACAUCAACGAGAAGAACAGGCAGUUCAACCAGAAACUCGCCCGUUUCUACAACAAGUACACCACCGAAAUUCGGGACAGCUUCGAACGUGGCACCAUGAUUUAAUCUGAAUGUGAAAUUCAUUGCGAUAU